UUCGAAAUUGUGAAUUUGAUCGAGUAGUUUCUCGUUUUAGAUUUUCAAAGGAUUGUCUCUCUAUGCGGAAACUAUUUUACCAGAAAUACCAUGUGCCGUGACGACAUUUUAUACAGAUUCGAACGAACCCAGAAUACCUGCUAUCGCCGUAGCAUGCGGAUCUCAAGUUUUAAUUUAUAGGAAUGUCCGUCCGUAUUUUAAAUUUACAUUACCGCUAAUUGAAAACGAAGAUACAGAAUUCACCGGCGUCGAAACAGACAUAUGGAGACAGAAAGCAGACACUCUGCAACUGGUGCAGUUAUUGCAAGACUUGAGCAUGGAACAUGGAUUCUCAAAUUUGAGUACGCCAUCGCAAAAAUUAUUAGCAAUGAAUCCGGAAGAUAGGGAGAAUUUCUUGAAGAUGCCUGGUCACAUACAAAUAAAGAAACAGGUUACAAUUACGAAUAUGACGAAAAUUCCGAAAAUGAUAGAAGGCGAAAAACCUGUGGAGUGUUUAAUUGUGACAACCGAAUCCUCACAUUUGUUCGUUCUCGAUCCUGAAACAUUUUCUGUGGUGGAACAACGAAAAAUUCCUGGAGUAACAUCUCAUCUAGCUGUUCAAGGAAUCUACGCUGUCGAUUAUUUCAUGAUUCUUUGCCUGAGAUAUGGCCAGGUCUAUCGACUAAAACGUGGCCUAGAAGAAAUAAAGUGCCUAACAAAUCUGUCAGCUUUGCCUGUCGACUUGGUGUUGGAUUACAACAGAUUUGUCACGAUAAACAUGGAUGGCACCUUUCAAAGCUACACUCUCAAAGGUAGUAAAGAAUGGUCAGUACUGCUAGAAGGUACUCCCACAGCUGUAUCGGUAAUGCCACCUCAUCUAUCAGAAUCAACCUACAUCAUUUCUUGUAAUGCUGUUAAGAAAGAACGAUUAGAAGGCGUCGUAUAUAUUUACAAAGGCACCGAAUUACUGUACACUUUGCACGUUGAAGAUCCUAUUCAAGCUGCAGUAUAUGGUCCUUAUGGGUUUGGAGAACAAGCUUUCAUUUUCAAUACGAUAGGUGGAGGACUUUCGAUCAAGUUAUUGAAACGUACUGCACAUUUUGGGAACAGUGAUAAAUGUGCCAUGCUGGGAAGUUCGAUGCACCAUAACAUUAAACUACUGGUACCGAAGAAAACUCGUAUUUUUGUUGAACAAACUUUAAGAGAACGAGAACAAUCAAAGGAAAUUUAUAGCUGGUUUCAGAAAACUUGGCAAGGAAUGAAAAUCUUAACAAAUGAAUCCUACUUAAACGCAUUACAAAAUUCUACUCUAGCCGGAGACCAUUCUUUGAAAUUGACAGCUCAAGUGUUGGGAUUAGGUCCACGAUUGAAAAUUCUCAUACAACUUCAAAGCCUAUCAGUGGAGAACGCUCUGAAAGAUAUUUCAAUAAUAUUCUUAUACGAUGCUGAUAUUUAUACUGUUGAAAGGCCUUACAUAAACAUUCCAUUCAUUACUCCAAAUUACAUCUACAAAGUAGAAACGUUCAUAAAUUGCAGUUUAAACGUAAACAGUGCUGUAAACUUGGCUGUUGCGAGUAACGAAAAAAUUAUUCUGUCAGCAGUUGUAAAUAUGCCACCAGCUGUCGUACCAGCAAUUUAAAGCAAUAUUCGGCGCAGGAAGAUUAGCUUUAUGAUUUUCAAUGCACGAAAUAUACACACGAUACUUUUUUUUUUUUGUCAAAUCUAAUAAACCAAUUAAAAGGAA